CGUUAAGUAGCUCGCGCCAAGCAACACUUUGUAACCAACGCAGAGCUCCGUACGGAGCACACCGGUAUAAAAUGCUUCACGGGCUAACGCGUUGCGAUGUUAUUGAAGUGCAACCAAGUACCACCGAGAUAUCUCGUCCAUGAUCUAUCGGACCGAUGCCACUUCUGUUAACGAGACGCGCACUGCUCCGUUUCAGCGGUUCUGUCCUCGCGCUGCCACCGUAGCGAAACUUAAACGGAAUCGAUUCUGAUGUCACUCGGUUGUCGUGCAACGAGAGUGAAGUUGCGCUUUGCAGUGAAAUUAGCAACCGGUGGGGCACUAUACGGUACUUCGAGAACAGCCCCGUAAUUGCAGCUGUGGUCUGCAACAUUAAGUUACGCACGGGACAACAAAGAACUGCUCUCAUUAAUCUUUUACAGCGCAAUGGGAAAAGGUGCCUCUCUUUCCUUGUAAGAUGUUUCCCCACCAUCGAGAAAGGGAGCAGCCUGUGUUCAGUGCCAGGGCUCAUGUGUUCCAGAUCGACCCAGCCACCAAGAGGAACUGGAUCCCGGCCAGCAAACAUGCCGUCACAGUGUCCUUCUUCUACGACAGCAACCGCAACGUGUACCGCAUCAUCAGCGUGGGCGGGACUAAGGCCAUCAUCAACUGCACCAUCACCCCCAGCAUGACCUUCACCAAGACGUCUCAGAAGUUUGGCCAGUGGGCCGACAACCGAGCCAAUACCGUGUACGGGCUGGGCUUUGCCACUGAGCAGCAGCUCCAGCAGUUUUCUGAUCGUUUCAAAGAAGUGAAGGAGGCCGCCCGCCUGGCCAGGGAAAAGUCUCAGGACAAGAUGGAGCUGGCGAACACGGCCCUGACCAUCGCUGCCCCGCAGGACCUGUGUGAUGAGCUGCAGUCCCCAGUGAUGUGUGUGAACGGGCCAGCUGAAGACAAGCUGUACCGCAGCCAGAGCGCUGACAUCACCCUGUCCUCAGAGAAGGAACGCAUCAAGAAGAUGCUCUCAGAAGGGUCGAUCUGUGAGAUGAACCUGGAGGCGGAGCUGUUCUCCCUGCAGGACAGCAACAGCAAGCUGGUGGCGGCGCUGCAUGAGGCCAACGCCAACGUGGAACAGUGGAAGAAACAGCUCACAGCCUACCAGGAGGAGACAGACAGGCUCCGAGACCAGGUGGCUGACCUUGAGGCCCAUGGAGGCCAGGGUCCCAGCGACAUGCUGAAGGACGAGCUGACUCAGUCUCUGGAGGAGCUGGAGGCCCUGCUGAAGGCCAAGGACGAGGAGAUCCACAUCCUGCAGAGCCAGAAAGCUGAGUACCAGGAGAUGGAGCAUGACAGGGAGGAGGCCACCCAUAGACUACAGGAGCUGCAGAUGCGCAGCGUGGAGCUGGAACGGAGGGUGCAAGGCUCAGAGCACAGUCUGGCUGCCUCCCUGGAGGAGCGCGACCGCCUGGAGGGGGAUCUGCAGAGGGCUGUGGACAUCCUGGACCUGAAGAUCUACGACCUCAACGACCUGCGCCAGAGCUUGGCCAAACUGCUCGACAAAUAGACAGAGAGGGGGAGAGGCGGGGAGGAGGGGAGAGGAUGAGUCUGAUGUUUGUUCUCCUCUGUACACAAGUCCAUCAUUUCAUAGGACAGAUGAGAAGGGUGGAGAUGGGUGAGGGAGAGAGAUAUACCUGAGGUUCUCCCCUGAUUGUCCGCUGGUCUGAUGUUGCGUGGCGCUGGCUCUUUUAAAUUAGGCUUGUUAAGUUUAGGUUGUUAGCUAGCGUAGGAAUCCUGUAUAUCUGACGUUGUUGUGCUACACAGCCUCCUCUACUUGGCUUACCCAAUGCAGUUAAGUGUCUAGGCAACAAACCAGGGGCCAAUAAGCAGGGGGUCACACGUGCUUGGUGGGGCAGAGAUCAUACUUCUGAGAGGAACUUAUAAAACCUUGUAAGGUUACGAGUAAGGGGUCCUGUUCCACCUUGUUCUGAGGAGAACCUGAGCCUGGACCUGCUGAUGUCUGAAGAACCCUUUAGAACAUGAGCUCUGAAAUCCCCAGCGACCACCCCAGCGACCACGCCAGCGGAACCUAUUUAGCGCUCUGCUGUUCUGUCAUCUGGUUGUUGUUGGGGCGUUUUCCCUGUGUCCUCACUGCUGCAGCAGGGGAACCACUAGUCAAGUUCUAAUUUCACCCGAUGCCAUUGUUACAUAAUUUGUGGGCGGUCUAUUGGUUUAGGUUCUAAUUGCAUGAGAUUGCGGCUGGGACUUAAGCUAAUCACGUAUUUAUUGUACGCGUUGAAGGGCAAUGACCUUGACAUGACUCAGUUCUGACCUUGAGAUAAGGAACCCCAAGCCUCGGUAUUCUCAGAAGUAUUCCAAUGAUUCUGCAAGUUUAGUGUAAUUAAAAAACACAAUCCAAGUUUGUUGUCAAAUUUAAGAUGCAAGAAAAUGUUGAUGUAUAGGUGAGGUAUGACAGCAUGUUGAGAUGCAUCCUGCAGCAUUUAUGCAUGAGAACCCAAGCAUCAGUGCAAGCUAACCCAAGCACCAGUGCAAGCUAACCCAAGCAUCAGUGCAAGCUAACCCAAGCAUCAGUGCAAGCUAACCCAAGCAUCAGUGCAAGCUAACCCAAGCAUCAGUGCAAGCUAACCCAAGCAUCAGUGCAAGCUAACCCAAGCACCAGUGCAAGCUAACCCAAGCAUCAGUGCAAGCUAACCCAAGCAUCAGUGCAAGCUAACCCAAGCAUCAGUGCAAGCUAACCCAAGCAUCAGUGCAAGCUAACCCAAGCAUCAGUGCAAGCUAACCCAAGCAUCAGUGCAAGCUAACCCAAGCAUCAGUGCAAGCUAACCCAAGCAUCAGUGCAAGCUAACCCAAGCAUCAGUGCAAGCUAACCCAAGCAUCAGUGCAAGCUAACCCAAGCAUCAGUGCAAGCUAACCCAAGCAUCAGUGCAAGCUAACCCAAGCAUCAGUGCAGGCUAACCCAAGCAUCAGUGCAGGCUAACCCAAGCAUCAGUGCAAGCUAACCCAAGCAUCAGUGCAAGCUAACCCAAGCAUCAGUGCAAGCUAAUGUACACCAAAGACCACCAGUGUAGAGAAGACUGUAGCCUAUGGCAACACUACAUCAAGGCAACAUUAACCAUCAUGUAUCUACAUAGCAAUCCCUACAGUAACAACAUUGUAGUUGCAUAGGAACUGCUAUGGAAUUGAUGAUAUAUCAAUAUUGGGAUGAUAUAGUGUUAGAGGUAUAAGUUAUUAGAAAGUGUAAGAAGGUUAAUGGUGUAAUCUUGAUGUAAUGUGCUGUCUGAAACUGUCCAGUUUAUCUGACUGUAUAUUCAUAUUAGUUUAAGAUAGUUACUGUACCAACAGGAUGUUUAAGUAAGCUCCUAUAGCUGAAUAAGAUAGUUAAGGUUUAGAACAGUUAAGUACUUUCACUUGCAAUUUCAUUGUUCAAUCCUAUGAAUAAGAACAUUAGGAAAAGUUUGCCAAAAAGUACGGUAGUUAACACUGUUCAGAUGCACUCACCAUGUGAAGAAGAGUGUGUAUGUGUGGAUAACCAUGUCUGCUGUCUUUAAAGCCUUAUUUUGAAACAAAGCUUACAGGAAUGUGUAAUGAAUCCAGAUAAUAAAAUAAGUGCUAGUGU